GGCGCAGCUGAUGAUCUUUCUCAUCAGCAUCGUCAGUUCCAUCUUCUGCGGACACCUGGGCAAAGUCGAGCUGGACGCCGUGACACUCGCUGUUUCCGUUGUGAAUGUCACCGGGAUUUCAGUCGGAACUGGCUUGGCCUCAGCUUGUGACACACUGAUGUCCCAGUCCUUUGGAGGCAGGAACCUGAGGCGCGUGGGGGUCAUACUCCAAAGGGGCAUCCUCAUCUUGUUGCUCUGCUGCUUCCCCUGCUGGGCCAUCUUCCUCAACACGGAGCACCUGCUCCUGCUCCUGAGGCAGAACCCGGAAGUCGCCAGGCUAGCCCAGGUUUAUGUGAUGAUUUGCAUCCCUGCUCUUCCUGCGGCGUUCCUAUUCCAGCUGCAGACACGGUAUUUGCAGAGUCAGGGCAUCAUUAUGCCGCAAGUUAUCGUUGGGAUCGCAGCAAAUGUUGUCAACGUGGGAAUGAAUGCCUUCUUGCUGUUCGCUUUGGACCUCGGAGUGGUAGGGUCAGCCUGGGCCAAUACCACCUCCCAGUUUUUCCUGUCUGCCCUGCUUUUCCUCUAUGUGUGGUGGAAGAGGAUCCACGUUCACACCUGGGGAGGUUGGACGAGGGAGUGUUUCCAGGAGUGGAGUUCCUACACCCGCCUGGCCAUCCCCAGUAUGUUCAUGGUGUGCAUCGAGUGGUGGACCUUCGAGAUUGGGACCUUCCUUGCAGGCCUUGUUAAUGUGACAGAACUGGGAGCCCAGGCUGUCAUCUACGAACUGGCUUCUGUUGCCUACAUGGUGCCCUUUGGCUUUGGUGUGGCUGCCAGCGUCCGCGUGGGCAAUGCUUUGGGGGCAGGGAAUGCUGAGCAAGCCCGGCGUUCCUGUACCACUGUUCUUCUGUGUGCUGGUGUCUGUGCGCUCCUGGUGGGAAUUCUGCUUGCAGCCUUGAAGGACGUGGUUGCCUACAUAUUCACCAAUGACAAGGACAUCAUUUCCCUUGUGAGCCAAGUGAUGCCCAUUUUUGCUCCCUUUCAUCUGUUUGAUGCACUUGCAGGCACCUGUGGCGGGGUCCUGAGAGGUACAGGAAAGCAGAAGAUAGGUGCUAUCCUGAACGCCAUCGGUUACUACGGGUUUGGUUUCCCUAUCGGAGUGUCUCUGAUGUUCGCUGCUAAACUUGGGAUAAUAGGCCUCUGGUCCGGACUGGUAGUCUGUGUUUUCUCCCAAGCCCUCUCCUAUUUAAUCUACAUCAGGAGGAUGAACUGGAACAGAGCCGCAGAGCAGGCACAAGUUCGAGCUGGGCUAAAAAGCAGCAAAGAGACGAUACCCACCCCAGCAGAUCUGCCCAUCUUGGAAAGAGACGCUAUCGAUGGAGUGAUUUUGCCUGACAUCGUCAGACCAGAGGGCCAGGCGGGCCCGCUGGUAGUAGAAGAAAGCCAGCAUGCAGUGCCCACCGUCGGGGAGAUCUUGACGGGGAGACAGCUGAUCAUCUAUCGUGGCCUGGCCCUGGCUGCUUCCAUUGCUGUCCUCAUAGCAGGAAUUGUAGUGCGAGUUCUCAAUGAUCGUGGCUAAGAUAGGAUUCUCACCGUUCUGUGGACUGGUGAUAAUUGUGUACCACGUCCUGAACAUGGGCGGGAGCUUGUUGUUGGAAUAGAAGCCUUCUCUUAGCUGUGGGGAGAAAGGCUGCCUUCAAGCAUCCUUGGUUACACUGAGAGACCGUCCCACUCUACUGCAGGUCAAGAAAGAACUAACGAGUGAAUGGCUAUCCAAAUUGAGGGGUGUGCUAGGGUUAGAGUCCACAGACUUCAGCACCUGCUAGGCAAGUGCUCUACCAUUGAGCACUCCCAUGUCCCAGAAGCCCUGCUUUUAAGGAUGCUUUCAUGUUAUCAUGGUUUCCAAAUACUUCGGUUUGAUUUUCCCUACUGGAAAUGUACUUUCCCUACCCAUGCAUCCUCCGCUGCUGGAUCCUCACGGUGAGUGAAUGUCAGGUACCCCUUCUCCCUGUCUGGGUGCCACAGGAGUGCUUACAAAAUAAAUACCUAAGAUUUACAAUGCA